GGCCGGGGUUGGCCGGGGUGGCCGGGGCGGCCCCGAGGCGCCGGGCCCUGCCCGCGGGUGCCCACGGCUGGACGGCCCCGGGGCGUGCGCGGAGCCGGCGAGCGCGAAAAGUCACCACAUAAUGGAUUUUGCCAAGGAGAUUGCUUGGUUCUGGAUGUCAUGGAAACAACACAGGAAGUAUACAGCAUUUCCCAUUUCUGCAAAAAGUCAUGACCACUGAAGACACUUUUCGUAUCCCAACAGAAUUCCUUUUAGUACCUUUUAUGGAAAUCCCGGUUUUUCCUUCCUUUUCCACCACCUCUUGCCGAAGGUAUGAGCAGGCAGCGAGUUGAUCUUGCCAGGCAAGCACACAUUGCUGAGAAUGCCUAGAAGGGCGUUGCUGCUGCACACGCGGACCCACUGGCUGCUGCUGGGCCUCGCUUUGCUCUGCACCCUGGUGUUAUUCGUGUACCUGCUGGAAUGUGCCCCCCAGACGGAUGGCAACGCGUCUCUUCCUGGCGCGGUCGGAGAGACCUACGGUAAGGAAUACUAUCAAGCCCUCCUGCAGGAGCAAGAAGAGCAUUAUCAAACCCGGGCAAGCAGCCUGAAGCGCCAGAUCGCCCAGCUGAAGCAGGAAUUGCAGGAGAUGAGCCAGAAGAUGAGAUCGCUGCAGGAGAAGAGAAGCGGAGGGGCCAACGGCUUAGGUUACCAAGGCAACAAAGAGCCAGCCCCUGGGGACCUCCUGGAGUUCCUCCACUCCCAGAUCGACAAGGCGGAAGUUAGCGUGGGAGCCAAGCUGCCCAGCGAGUACGGGGUCGUGCCCUUCGAAAGCUUUACCUUGAUGAAAGUGUUUCAGCUGGAAAUGGGUCUCACUCGCCACCCUGAAGAGAAGCCGGUGAGGAAAGACAAACGAGAUGAACUGGUGGAAGUGAUUGAAGCUGGCGUGGAGGUCAUUAACAACCCCGAGGAAGAUGAGCAGCAGGAAGAGGAGGAGGGUCCCCUCGGGGAGAAGCCGUCCUUCAGUGAGAACGACUUCGUAGAAGGCUAUUACCGCACCGAGAGAGACAAGGGCACACAGUACGAGCUUUUUUUUAAGAAAGCAGACCUUCUGGAAUACAGACACGUGACCCUCUUCCGCCCCUUCGGACCCCUCAUGAAAGUCAAGAGCGAGAUGAUGGACAUUGCCAGGUCAGUUAUCAAUAUCAUUGUGCCGCUUGCCGAGAGGACCGAAGCAUUCGCUCAGUUCAUGCAGAACUUCAGGGACGUUUGCAUUCAUCAGGACAAGAGGAUCCAUCUCACAGUAGUGUAUUUUGGUAAAGAAGGGCUAUCUGAAGUCAAGUCCAUCCUAGAAUCUGUUACAAGUGAGUCUCAUUUUCACAAUUACACCCUGAUCUCACUGAAUGAAGAAUUUAACCGCGGACGAGGACUCAAUGUGGGUGCCAGAGCGUGGGACCAGGGCGAGGUCUUGAUGUUUUUCUGUGACGUUGAUAUCUAUUUCUCGGCCGAAUUCCUUAACAGCUGCCGGUUAAAUGCUGAGCCAGGGAAGAAGGUGUUUUACCCCGUGGUGUUCAGUCUGUACAACCCUGCCAUCGUCUAUGCCAACCAGGACGUGCCGCCGCCCGUGGAGCAGCAGCUGGUACAUAAAAAGGAUUCUGGCUUUUGGCGAGAUUUUGGCUUUGGAAUGACUUGUCAAUAUCGAUCAGAUUUCCUGAGCAUUGGUGAAUUUGACAUGGAAGUAAAAGGUUGGGGUGGAGAAGACGUUCAUCUUUACCGGAAAUACUUACACAGUGACCUGAUGGUUAUUCGGACCCCCGUGCCCGGCCUUUUCCACCUUUGGCACGAGAAGCGCUGUGCCGACGAGCUCACCCCCGAGCAGUACCGCAUGUGCAUCCAGUCCAAGGCCAUGAACGAGGCCUCGCACUCCCACCUGGGGAUGCUGGUCUUCAGGGAGGAGAUAGAGACGCACCUCCACAAGCAGGCAUACAGGACGAACAGUGAGGCCGCCGGUUAGCAACGCGCGGUCUGCCGCCACAAGCCAGCGCCGUCGAUGUAGCCUUAAUGCCAACUCCAGAUGCAGUGCCUCUUUCAGAGAAGACACGUUUGUUUUUUCAUAUCCUCUCUGACAUUACUUCAGCAUUUCAGCCUGGUGUGAGAAGAGAUGCUUGGUUAUAAAGGCGCUCUUCUCUGAGGAAGCUGCACCGUGGGAUCCCUGAUCAGUGAGACCCCGUGCCCGUCCCUGAAGUAGCUGUGAGUGAGUGCCGAUGGCCUGUGGGUUUUUUCGUGUCGGCCUGAUGGCCCGCGGGUGGCGGGGUGAAAUGUGUGGGGCUGCUGGCGGGUCAGGCGCCACACCUCCCCGGGCAGGCAUGCCGAGCACGUGAACCGGUACCUUCCCGACAGCCACUGAGCUCAUCGGCUUGACCGCCUGAACAAUGCUUCUGCCUCGAAGCGGAGGGCAAUCCAGUGACACAAGUACAUCCCCAACCAACCAAUCAAGGGAAAGCAGAAAUCUAAACCCUGAAUGUGUCUUUUUAAGCAAAUGGUUAGUGAUGGAAAAUGGGUUGUACACUGUGACUUAAUUAGAUACCCAAGUAUGAUGUCAUGUUUAAGGCUAAUGUCACAGUUGUAGUAACUGUUCUUGAACAAACAUUGUAACAGCAUUUAAUUCUGGUGGAGUGCAGGAUAUUAGCUGUGUCUCUGAGCAUCAGGUUAUGUGAGCGGGCUGCACCAGGACUGUCCCAGGGGCUUGGACUACACACUAUAGUGUGGUUUUCUCUUCUUGCUCUUUUGUGUCUCACUUAGCAUGGAUCCACGUAUAUUUAUUAUCCUUUAUUUUAACUGUAGAGUUGGAAGAAUUUCACCAAGAAGAGGAAAACAGUGCAGUGAGAUACCACGAACAAGUCUGAUUUCAGAAACAGGAGAAUGUAGGCUGUAGAGCAAUCUGAAUUACAGACCAUUUUAGAGCAAUACAUACAUAACUUACAGAUAGAAUAUUGUUUUAGCUGGGGUGUAAAAUGUACUGAGACAAGGUGAAUAAACAUAGACUCACUUAGGACUCAUGGCAUUCGUCGCUCCUGGGUCUUUCCCUGUUGGGUCAGUCACUUGACCCAGAAAUAGACCCAAGGUGCAAAGCGUGCAUGCACUUUUGAACCUUUGCCUUUUAAAAAGGACCAAUUGUCUGUAUAUAAACCCCUAAGGAAAUUCACACAGGAAAAAAAAUCAUCACUCCUUUUGCUCAGUCAUAUCUGAAACAUUAAAAAUUCUCAAUCUCCCGGUGCUACAUGAAUUCAGUCUCACAAUAACUCGUAACUAAUUACUCUUUCAAAGUUUCAGCUGGAUCAGCAUUUAGGUAUUUUUUAAAAGAUACGUAAAGUAUUGUCUGCAAACAAUUCAGACUGUGGUCUUCUUUAAUACACAAUUAUUUAUCCCAAAGACUGGUAAAAUACGGUGUUUAAAGUGAGAGAACAUAACUAUUUGCAAAGGUAAGUUACAGAUUGUUUUUUAAGACAAUCAUAAUUUUACCUUUAUUGCUGGUUUUUUUUUAAAACUAGCUUUUAAUUUAAAAAUAGAAGCUAAGCAGUGGAAAUAUGCUGUUUUUGACAUGAAAUGGUACCAAUAAAGUAUUUUAUUAUCA